AUGAAUAUUCUAGUAUUAAUAUAUAUUGGAAUAAGUUAUGGGGAUACGCAAGUAAAAGAGUAUGGAUAAUGUUUGGAUGAAACCUUGGCGUAAUCUCCAAUAUAGUUAAAGCCACCAUUUGGACAUAUUGGUUGAUAUGUUUAUUAAUAAAGCUAGAACUAAAAUUGGAAUUUGAGUUUUUGGAGGCUAGAGAUUUAUAAAUAAAACAUACUGGAUAUGAAUUAGUAUGUUAAGGAGCAUUUGGUUUUGUGAAGCAUAAUAAUAAAAUAUUCAAUGCUUAUCAAGUAAAAUUUAAAUCUCCAUCAGAACAUUCAUUGUCAGAAAACGAUUAUUUUUAUCCAAUAGAAAUGCAAAUAUUUUUAAUAUCAUAAUAAAAGUUUAGAAUAGGAUUUAGCGUAUUCUUUCGCUUAAAUAAAGAUCAUACAGAAAAUGGAUUAUUAGCGAAGUUUGGAUUUGGUAAAAACAUAAUAAAGGAACUUUAGCCAGGAGAUUUCUACAUAGUUCCUGAGGCUAUAGAUUUAGGAGUAUUGUUUGAAGACACAGGUAAUAAAUUGUUUAGAUGAUAUUAAUAGAUAAAUUUUUAGUAUAUUAGGGAAGUGAUACAUUUCCACCUUGUGGAUAGAUGGUAUGGUUAACUUAAUUUAAGAUAUAUGAAAUGUCUUAAAAUUAAGCAAUUGACUUUCCAGAACUCUUACUUUAUUUAGUAAGAGAAUAGAAAGAGAUGAAGAGACCAAUAUAUGCAAAUUUUGAUCCAGCAUUGUUUAUUAUAACAGAUGGCGAAAUGAAUACCAAAUAAGAUUUGAAAACUUAGAGAACAAGAAAUUAAGUUGAUAAAAAGGUAUGAGUACAAAUCCAAAUAGCUUGUUAAAGAUAAUUUUUAUAUCUAUGGAGCAAGUGAAGGCUUAGAAAUAGAUGGAUUUGUUUUUACUGCAUCAGGAUAGUCAGGAGGUAAAAUAGUAAGAACUGAAGAUUUCUUUAUUAUUAAAUUAAAACCAGAAGCAAAAGAUGUAUAAUCAGAUUUUGAAGAAAUAGAAAAUUAAUAAUAAUCAUAAUCAUAAUCAUAAUCAUAAUCAUAAUCAUAAUCAUAAUCAUAAUCAUAAUCAUAAUCAUAAUCAUAAAUAGAAAAUAAUUAAAAUGAAUAACCUAUUGAUGUUUAAGAAAAUAGUAUUCCUGAAGAUUUUGAAGAGGCUGAUUAUCAAAAUGAAAAUGAAACAAAAGAACCUCAAGAAUUAAGUGGUCAGGAUAAUACAAAUAUUGGAAGAGAAUCUGAUAGAAAAAGCAAAUUGGAUUUACAUUCCAGAAUCAAAGAAAGACAGGCAAGUAAAAGUAAAGAUUCAAUUAAUUAAUAUAAUGAAAAUAUGAUAAAAGAAAAAUAAGAAUAAUAAAAAUAAGAAUAAUAAGAAGAAGAUGAUAUUAUUACAGAAAUAGAUGAAUUUAAAAAUUGGCCAAGAUUAUGUUAAACAGGGAAAUCAUAAUCACCAAUUGUACUUGAUUUAAAAAAUCUAAUGAAACAACCUAUCAAAGAACCUAUAUUAUCAUAUUAUGUUGUACCUAAAGAACUUUAUUUAAGCAAUGAUGGAUAUUAACUUAAAUUAAUUAGUGAUCCUGGAGGUUUUGGAGCAUUAAGUUGGAAUGGUAAAAUAUACUAAGCUCUUGAAUUGAAUUUUCAUACUCCUUCAGAACAUACUAUAGGAGAAAAUUAAUUUAGAAUGAAUUGUGAAAUAUAAAUCAUGCACAAAUCUUAGGAUGGUGAUAUCUUAUAUUUGGUUCUCUUUUUACAUAAUACAUAUCCAAAUGAAACUAAUGAAUUUUUAGAAUCAAUAGGAUUACCAUCAUCUAAAAGUAUAAAUUAUAGAGCUGUUGAAAAAGGAGAACUUAUUUAAAUCAAUAAAGAUAUUAAACUUGCUGAUUUAGUAAGAGAUAUAUCUGAAUUUGUCUAUUAUUCAGGUUCUUUAACUGUUCCACCUUGUGUUGAAAAUAUUUAAUACAUUAUUAGAAGAAGUAGACUCCCAAUUUCCCUUACUUAACUUGAAAAUUUGUAGCGUUUAAUCGGAAAAAAAGAAAACUUUAGACCUGUUCAAAAUCUUAAUGGAAGAAAUAUAUACACCAAUUGA